AUGAAUCCCAUCGACGCCGGAGAGCUGCGCGUUGAGGCCGUUGUCGUGGACUAUUACAUGCGGCAACCGCUGCCCAGGGGCGCAAUCGACCACCUACCGUCCUCACCGUGCUAUUCGCGUGCUCGUGAGGUGCCCGUCGUUCGGAUCUUUGGCGCGACGCCCGCCGGACAGAAAGCUCUCGUACACGUUCAUGGGAUCUUCCCGUACUUUUACUUUCGAGCCGAAGACGACCCGGACUUUGACGACCCAGAGCGUCUGCGCUUGCUUUUGCCUCGACUGGCUAAGGCUAUCGAGUCUGCCAGCGUCUCAAAGCAGCAGCAAACGUGUCAAAAGAAGGAGAACGCACGCUCGACGUCUCAGAGUCGUAGGAUCAUUGCCAAGAUGCUAAUCGUACAGGGGACGCCGUUCUACGGGUACCAUCCAAGUCCAAAACUGUUUGUGCAAAUCUUUCUGUACAACCCGCGCGUGCUAGCAGCCGUGGUGCAGCUGCUCGAAAGCGGAAAUGUCUGUGAACGACGGUUCCAGCCGUACGAGGCACACGUACCGUUCUUGCUUCAAGUUUUUGCUGAUUACAACAUUAAAGGGAUGAAUUGCGUGGCAUUCGGCAACGUUAAGUAUCGAUUUCCUCUGCCUGUCACACAAGCUCAUCUUGCAAAUAAUGGAGGAGAAUACCGCACUGUUCUUCUAUCAAACGUCCCUGCAGACAGGAUAAAUGGCUUGGAUCGAACCGCGCCUCCUCUCGCUGGACGAUAUGUGCCGGUGCUUCACGCGCCAAAACGAUGGUAUGAUCGGCAAUCCAGCUGUGCGCUAGAAGCCGACGUCGCGGCUGCAUGCAUUCUGAACCCGAAGCGAUUCGAGUCCCAGCAGAAAGCAGCAGAGAGCACGGGUGAGCAACGUAAUGUGCCGUCGCUAGCAGCCAUUUGGGAGGAAGAGAGACUACGACGCAUGCUGGACGGAGAAGGGGGAACACCGACGAUGCCAUUGAGUCUCCCUCGCAAUACCGAUGCGUUCUCGAGCAGGGAUCUGUCGCUGAGCGCUUCAUCGGCACACUCAGCAUCAUCGUUGUUGUCGCAGUCUUUUUUCAGGAAAAAGCUCAAAGAUUCUGUCGACGAGGUGAUGGAAAAGUUGAAGAUGCAAGACGAAGGACGAUCGGCGAUCACCGAUCUUCCUGCUGGCCCUCACCACCUGCCCGCUAGCGAUGUGGUAUCAUGCGGGAACUCGAUAGCCGUGGAGAGCGAGUACUCUCACAGUCAAGCUGAUGUCCAAGACGAUGACAAGCAUGGUCCCGAGCAGUCGGUCGAAGAAGAUGAAGCUAUUGUGAAUCUUCUUCUAGCAAUGCAGCAAGAAAACGGCCCGUACCAUGCAGAUGAUAACGACUGGGAAAAGGAAAAUGAGAAGGACGGAUACGUGAUGCUGAAUGAAAGCGAUGAAGAAGUAGAUGUCAGCAAGUGGGGCAAUCGAAAUGAUGAGGCUGGUGAUAUCAUGGCUUCACAGCGUCAUAUUGAAGCUCGUAUCGCAUGUCCGGCACCUGACUUGCCGAAAGACAAUGCUUGGUGGGAUGUCGCUGAGCGGGAGUCUCGGGUCAUGGCAACUCCACUUAGUGAAAUUGGAAGCCCUCGUGUUAUCGUCCAAACACCACAGCAGUGUCUGCGUGAGGCUGACCCAAAAACUGUGGAGUCGUCUGUGAGUGCUGUCAAGGCCGUCAGAUUUGUCAGCUCAGCGAAUGCGCCUUUGGUUGGCGAUAUAGAAGAUCUGAUCUCGGUGCGACGGCAAGAACCGGCACCGUUGACGCUACAGGAAGAAGAGCCACACCCAGCUGACUGUGUCCGACUGUCGCAAAUACCGCUCUCACAGCCCGUCGGGAUGACAUCAAGAACGCCAAGGCUGUCGGUCCCAACAACAGGCAACAACCGCUUGUGGCUCUUUAGCCCCGAGCCUCCCUCCUACUCACAGAUUCUUUCGUCUUCGCACGACCUUGGAGUGGACCAGAUACAGUACCAAUCCGCCUUUUACAGCAACGCUGCAGACAUUCCUAAGAAAGUCAUGAUCUUCGGCGGGAAGAAAUUUGAUUUUGCGCCACACGAUACGAGCAACCUGUCGGUGUUUGAUACCACUGCAACACGUCAGAUGCUGCACCCAUUUUGCAGUAGCGGUGACAGUGCACGGAACGCGCCGUGGCGUAAACUUUCGCACCUGAAGACCCCUGAUGACUCUCGUGGGAGAGGUGGAAAGGUACGUCGUUUGCGGAUGGCAGCAUCGUUGCCACCAGACGCCACUGCUGUUGCGGAGUGGGCUUUGAAUCACGCCAAAAGCCACCGCAUUCUUGCAAAGGCGCAACGAAAGCGCGGUCGGCCAUCUUUGACGUGUUCAGCAUCGCCAUCAGGUAGAUUGAACACACCAGCGAUUCUGUCAAAUGUCACGAUACUGUCCAUCGAGAUAUUUGCGGCGUCGCGUGGCAACAUGCUGCCAAAUCCUCUCCACGACCCGGUCAAUACCAUAUGCUACGCAGUGGAGGCCCAAGAAGGGCCGACAGAUUCUACGACAAGCGAGCGCGGCUUCCUCAUGAUAAAAGUCGAUGACAUGGAUCCAUCAACUCUCGAAGGCGUGGCCAUGUGUGUUGACAGUGGUGGUGUAUCAGUAACAUAUGCUGCCGACGAGCGUGGUUUACUCCGGUCGCUAGAGGCACUAAUAAGGCGGUGGGAUCCAGACUUUCUGGUAGGAUUUGAGGUGCAGAAAGCUUCGGUUGGGUACCUUAUCGAUCGAGCAUCGCAAAUGGAUAUCAAUCUGAUCCAGUCGCUAUCUCGCCUUCCGUCAUCGCCAGUAGAUCCUCGGAACGCCAUUACUAAGGUGCAGGACCGAGAUAGGAACAGCCAAAACGAAGAGUCUGCCGGUACAAGUUGGGAUGUCAACAAGGCAGCUGGGCUAUGGAUACACGGCCGAUACGUUCUCAAUCUUUGGCGAAUGACUCGCUCAGAGCUAAAGCUGUCGCGCUAUGCUCUCGAAGAUGUCGUGGAAGCCGUAUUGCAGCGGACUUUUCCAGUAUACACAGCUGAACAAUUGACGUCAUGGUUCCGCGAAGGCGAUCAAAUGCGCUGGAAGGUGAUCAGGUACUGUCUCGAACGAGCGACGCUGAAUCUCCGAAUCCUUUCUAAAUUGCAACUGGUCACGCGAACAAGUGAAAUGGCCCGGCUUUUUGGGAUCGACUUUUACUCGGUUUUGUCGCGAGGAUCACAGUACCGAGUUGAGGCGGUCAUGUUGCGCGUGACAAAGCGGGAGAAUUUUCUGUUGGUAUCGCCGAGCAAAAACCAAGUGUCCGGUCAAGCCCCGAUGGAGUGCAUUCCGCUGGUCAUGGAACCUCAUUCGAGCUUUUACACCGACCCCAUCGUAGUCCUGGAUUUUCAGUCCCUCUAUCCGUCGCUGAUCAUCGGGUACAAUCUAUGCUACUCAACUUUACUAGGGCGUCUAAAAGAUGGACAGCAUCCCGAGCUGGAGACAUCUCUCGGAGUAGUCGAUUUCACCCCGAACUCCUCUGGGCUACUGCAAUGCAAAGACGACAUCAUUAUUGCGCCGAAUGGGACGCUGUUCUGUCCCAAGAGCUACCGUCAAGGCGUUCUUCCGCUCAUCCUAGACGAAAUCUUGUCAACUCGGGUCAUGGUCAAGCAGUCGAUGAAGUUGGCAAAGGAGGCUGGUCGGGAUCGUCUGGAAAAGGUGCUGAACGCUCGUCAGCUGGCGCUGAAAAUGAUUUCGAACGUGACAUACGGCUACACGGCGGCUGGGUUUUCCGGACGCAUGCCGUGCGCUCAGCUAGCCGAUGCCAUUGUUCAGGCUGGACGAUGCACGCUCGAAGCUGCUGUUCGACAGAUCGAAGAGCGGUCCGAUUGGAACGCAAAGGUCGUGUACGGCGAUACCGAUAGCGUUUUCGUGCUGCUUCGAGGAAGGUCCAAAUCCGAUGCAUUUCGAGUUGGGCAGGAGAUCGCCGACGCGGUGACCACAUCGAAUCCCAGACCUGUGACGCUCAAGCUGGAGAAAGUGUACAUGGGCAGUCUGCUCGUAUCCAAGAAGCGGUACGUUGGCAACAAGUUUGAGUCGCCGACGCAAGAAAGUGGUGUCAUCGAUUCAAAAGGGAUCGAGACGGUUCGACGUGACUCUUGUGGAGUGGUCCAACACGCCAUGCAAGUGUCUUUGGAGACACUUUUCGCAUCGUGCGACCUGACUCUGGUGAAAGAGAGACUCGAGAAGUACUGGCAACAGAUCCUGGAGAACCGCGUGCCGCUCAAAGACUUCAUCUUCGCGAAAGAAGUUCGCUUAGGAACGUACAGCAAUGGAAGUGCGCCCCCUGCAGCGCUUGUCAGUGCCAUGGCUAUGGAAAAGGACCCUCGAGCAGAGCCACGGUACGCGGAGCGGGUGCCCUAUGUUGUCGUCAAUGGGCCCCCUGGUGCACGACUCAUGGACUUGGUCGUGUCACCUGAUGAGUACUUCGACAAGCGAAGACGCUACAGCAUCAACUACCACUAUUAUAUCAACAAACAGAUCAUUCCAAGCCUCGAGCGACUCUUGCUACUGGCUGGAGCCAACAUUCGCCUGUGGUAUGCAACUCUACCUAGAACGUCGACAAAAGCUCGCCAGCAAAUGUGCGACGACGCCACAUCGACAAACCGGUCAGGUCGCGGCUGUCGAUCCAUCGACUCGUUCUACAAGAGUAAACACUGCCGGCUUUGUGGGUCACUUGGCAAUGAAACGUUGUGCCAGGAUUGCAUUGCUGAUCCACAGCGAAGUCUGCUAGCGAUACACACCGCGUCUGCUCGACACGAGAAGGCCGUCAUGACGCUCAAAUUUGCGUGCACAGUCUGUGCAGACAGAGAUGCAUUCAGCUGCUGCAGGAACGUCUCGUGCCGCGUGUGGAACCAGAUCAAGCUCUUUGAGACGGACAAGUCUACGCUAUCGUAUCAGCAAGAGUGA